AUGGUGGCCGGCCACCAGUGGGCCAUGGGCAACGGUUCGAUCAAAGCCCCGCGGCUGGAGGAGAGCUGCCUGGCCUCCAGCCUGAAGGAGCCCCCCAGCUGGGAGGGGGCGGAGCCCCUGAGGGCCCGCAUCGCCCGCCUGGAGGAGGAGCUCAGCCGGAGGGACCAGGAGCUGAGGACGCGGGAGGAGCAGCUGGUUGCCCUGCAGAAGGAGCUGGCGGCCAAGGUGUCCCAGAUCGACAAGCUCCAGGACGCCAUCGGCUACAACAGCCUGGGCCGCUCGCCGCCCGCCCCGCUCCGGCCCAGCCGCCGGCUGCUCAGCGUCAUAAACCAGGGCCCCACCCGCUUCCACCGGGUGGCAGUGGAAGUUCACCGCCGGCUGAAGGCCAAGGAGGGCGUCUCGGCUGAGCCCACCUCUGGACACUACUGCGGCGGGCUCAAGGCCCCUCACGUGUCAAUCGAGCGGGCCCGCGUCCGCAAGGACUCCAGCACUAAAAAGUUGAUCAAUGAUGCCAUCAUGAACAAUGACUUCCUGAAGAGGCUGGAGCCCCAGCACAUGCGGGAGAUGGUGGACUGCAUGUAUGAAAAGAUCUACACCGAGGGCCAACUGGUCAUCCAGGAGGGGGAGCCGGGGAACUACCUGUACGUGCUGGCAGAUGGGUUGCUGGAGGUCAUACAAAACGGCAAGCUGCUUGGACAGAUGCAUCCUGGGACAGCAUUCGGAGAGCUGGCCAUACUGUACAACUGCAAGAGGACCGCCUCAGUCAAAGCUGUCUCCCAGUCGCACAUCUGGGCCCUGGACCGGCAGAUGUUUCAGAGUAUCAUGAUGAGGAGCACACAGGCCCGGCACGAGGAGUACUUCAGCUUCCUGCGCAGUGUGUCAUUACUGAAAGAUCUGCCAGAAGAGAAGCUUGCCAAGAUUGUUGACUGUCUGGAAGUGGAGUACUUCGAUAAAGGAGAAUACAUUAUCCGUGAGGGAGAGGAGGGGAACACCUUCUUCAUUAUAGCCAAAGGAGAGGUGUCCGUCACACAAACCAUGGAGGGGUGUCCCGAGCCUCAAGAGAUAAAAACUCUGGGUGUAGGAGACUACUUUGGAGAGAAAGCUCUCAUAAGCGAGGAUGUGCGCUCAGCAAACAUCAUCUCCAAGGAGAACGACACGCAGUGCCUGGUGGUGGACAGGGACAACUUCAACCAAAUGGUGGGAACCUAUGAGGAGCUGCAGGCCUACCUGAAGGAGUACGUGGAGCAGCUCUCCCGCAGCGACGAGGAGCGGAACGCUGUACCCCAGUCCCCGCUAGCAGACUCUUCCCCAGAAGGCCGGAAGCUGAAAGAAAAGAUCUCCGGCCUGUCGGCCAGCUCUCCCUUCCAGGACCUGCAGGUGGUGGCCACGCUGGGCAUGGGCGGCUUCGGCCGAGUGGAGCUGGUCAGGUUGAAGGACGAGGACACAGCGUUUGCUUUGAAGUGUGUGAAAAAGAAGCACGUGGUGGACACCAGGCAGCAGGAGCACAUCUACUCUGAGAAAAACAUCCUGAUGCAGGCCAACUCGCACUUCAUCGUCAGGAUGUUCCGGACGUUUCGGGACGCCAAGUACGUGUACAUGCUGCUGGAGGCCUGCCUUGGGGGGGAGCUGUGGAGCACGCUGAGGGACAUGAGCUUCUUUGAGGAGUCCACAGCUCGGUUCUGCAUUGGCUGCGUUCUGGAGGCGUUCGAUUACCUGCAUGGGCGGGGAGUCGUGUACCGUGACCUCAAGCCGGAGAAUUUGCUGCUGGACAGUCAGGGCUAUGUCAAAAUGGCGGAUUUCGGCUUUGCCAAGAAGAUUGGCUUGGGGAAGAAGACUUGGACGUUCUGCGGCACGCCGGAGUACGUGGCCCCCGAGGUGAUCAUGAACAAGGGCCACGACUUUGGGGCCGACUGCUGGUCCUUGGGGAUCCUGAUCUUUGAGCUGCUCACUGGCAGUCCCCCAUUCUCUGGAUCAGACCCUAUUAAAAUCUACACUAUGGUUCUGCAUGGGAUUGAGAAAGUUGACUUUCCCAAACGUAUUAGCAAACGCCCAGAGGAUCUCAUCAGAAGGUUGUGCAAGCUGAACCCUGCAGAAAGACUGGGCAACAAGAAGAAUGGCAUCAUGGACAUCAAGAAGCACAAGUGGUUCCAGGGAUUCAACUGGGAAGGACUGAGGCGCCUAAAGCUGCCCUCCCCACUAAAGAGAGAGCUGAAGGGCCCGUUGGACCACAGCCAUUUUGACAUCUUCCCGCCUGAGCUAGAGGAGCCCCCAGAUGAACUGUCUGGCUGGGAUAGGGACUUUUGAGACGCCCAGACAAACCCUACA